CACCUCGUGACAACAGUCAACACCUCCGCUAACUCAGCGUUAAAAUUCUACGCGAAUUCCUUCCAUUCGAGUGAUUAUCGAUUUCCUGAGCCUUUCGUCGUGCGAAAAUUCAACGAGAGCCGAGUCGACAAUUUCGCAACUCCUCGAAAGAUACCAAACUACAGAGAGAGCUCCUCACGAUUUUUAGACAGUCUCAGCGGAGCUGGAGAAAGAUUAAAAGAUGCCGUUGAACACAGAUAUAUCAGCAGCGCUCUUGUUACUCGAGCAAGUUCAAGAACGAGUGAAAUCAUGCGACGAUCCAAAGCUUCAACUGCACACAAGCGACGAUUUGGAGGCAUUGAUAUCGCUGCUGGAGGAUCCAGUCUUCCGGAGUAUAGUUACCAUCCAGGAUUCGUUGACCGACUUGAACGCGCAGCUCGGCCAGCAUCCCUCCAUUCUGCCUGGUGAUUUCGACAUCAAUCUUGGAGGACAGCUGGAGCUUUCUUUGCCCAGCACGCCGGCACAGCCCCUGGGUCCCAACAUGUACCAAGACAUUUAUCAGGACGGCAGCGAACUAGACGAUCAAAGAGUUCCUGUCGCUCGACUCGUUCACAGCAGUAGCGAAGAUACUAGUGCGCAGGUGACCAGUCCCAGCUUGGCCUCGGAGGAUCUCAGCAUGCCUCCGAUAACGACUCCGACUUACGCCAAGGAAUUUCAAAAGGUCAUCGAGGCCGCGUCUAAGGGACGUCAGAUAUACACAGUGCAGCUGUACAAACCUGAGGGUACAAGUCUUGGAUUUAGCGUCGUAGGACUUCGCAGCAAGGACAAAGGCGAGCUGGGAAUUUUCCUGCAAGAAAUUCAACCCAACGGCAUCGCAGGCUGCUGUGACGGUCGUCUAGUCGAGGGUGAUCAAAUAUUGGCGAUAGAUGGACAACCCUUGGAUUCUAACAUCUCUCACGAGCAGGCGAUUUCAAUACUGCAAAAAGCCCGCGGGCUUGUUGAGCUAGUCGUUGCCAGAAGCGCCCAAGAAGUUGGGAGCUCGUUGACGCCGGAUGAGUUGUCCGGGGCUUCAAAUUCGACGACAGCGACGGCAGGAGGAAAUUCUGGUGUCGUCGCCGGUGCCGCGGCAGCUGGUAGUCAGACCCAAUCCGAGAAGGAACCUCAUUCCGGUGCAGGAUCGGUAUCCGUUUCUACGGCUGUGUCCUCGAUUGCUACCGGAACACCGCCCGCGACAUCGAGCAUCUCGAGCGUCAACCCAGUCGCCCAAAACAACCCUCAACCAUCCGCCCCUGCUCCUGCGACGCCAGGUCUCGUCGUCGAACGGAGUCCUUCGGCGGUCAGCGACGCCUCGAGGACUGGCUCUGACAUGGUGCUGAAUACGGAGUGGGCACAAGUUGAAGUGAUCAAUUUGAUCAACGAUGGAAGCGGUCUUGGAUUCGGAAUCAUUGGCGGACGGAGCACAGGCGUCGUCGUCAAGACGAUACUUCCAGGCGGAGUCGCCGAUCGCGAUAACAGACUUCAGAGUGGAGAUCACAUCCUGCAAAUCGGGGAUGUCAAUCUUCGGGGAAUGGGGAGCGAGCAGGUCGCCGCUGUCCUUCGUCAAUCCGGGACUCACGUUCGCCUUGUCGUCGCUCGUCCCGUCGAACCGACGUCUCCGGAUUACCAGGCACUUGGAAGCCAUGCUCCGAUUGUUCCAACAAGAAUUUUGGGCGAUCCGGACGAACUGGAGAGACACCUCGUUCACAGCGUGCCGGAAUCUUGCAACCGAAACGGUCCUUCGGGUGAAAACAAUUACGAUAAUGGCUACAUGUACUCUCAGGAACCAGAGAACGAGAUGCACGCACGUCCGGGACUCAUUAUGGACGUUGUGCGUAAUCCUGUUCCUGUCAGUGCUGUUCCUGUUAUCGCGACUACUCCCGGCGGGCAAAUGCCCAAUUUGCCAGUCAUCUCGAUGGACUCGCUGGACGUUGGUAGUCUUCCGGAAAUGGAGCGAUUCACCGUCGAACUUAAGAAGGACAUUUACGGCCUGGGUAUCACCAUAGCAGGAUACGUGUGCGAGAAAGAGGAACUCUCGGGAAUUUUCGUCAAGAGUAUAAGCGAGGGAAGCGCUGCGGAUCUCAGCAACAAGAUACAGAUAAACGACCGCAUAGUCGAAGUCGACGGUCAUUCUCUUCAGGGAUACUCCAACCACGAGGCUGUCGAAGUCCUUCGCAGCACCGGGCAGAGCGUCACUUUGUGCCUCGAAAGGUACCUUCGUGGACCCAAGUAUGAAACGCUUCAACAGGCCAUCGCUGCCAGCGAACAAGGACCUCAGCAACCUGGAUCCCCAUCCAUUGCCAGCCUGCCAAGCUUUCCAAUCAGCGCGGACGGGGAAACAACGACGGAAAUCGAGCCCGAGGGUGAAUCGCACACGACUGUCGAUAGCUCCGUGAUGCAGGAAAGGGAACGCGACGAUUCUGUCGGAUUAGCAGACGAUGCUUCGAACGUUGAAGCGCUGCUUAGCGAUCCGUCCGCCGAGCUGACCCCGCAGAUAAGGGCUUCGAUAAAGGCCAAAUGGCAGAAGAUCGUUGGUCCCGAUACUGAGAUUGUCGUAGCGCAGCUGAAAAAAUUCGCCGAAGGUAGCGGUUUGGGCAUCAGUUUGGAAGGUACAGUCGACGUUGAAGACGGCCAGGAAGUGCGACCCCAUCACUAUAUUAGAUCCAUACUUCCCGAAGGACCUGUUGGACAAAAUGGCUGCCUGAGAAGCGGGGACGAGCUUCUUGAGGUAAAUGGAUACCGUCUGCUUGGAAUAAACCAUAUGGAAGUUGUCAGUGUCCUUAAGGAGCUGCCUCUUCACGUUCGCAUGGUUUGCGGAAGAAAUAUCGCUUCGCAGGAUCCGCUUUGUCCAAUUGACACAGCUCAGCAUCAAGCGGCUUUUCAAACACGAAGCAUCUUAGGCGGGUCUCUGCAGAAUUUAUUACCGGCAAUGGAUCGUCUUGUAAAGGCUAAAUCUGAUGGCUCUUUGGCAUCUACAACAACCACAGCAACGGUGACGGAUGCAAGUCUUAGCAAGAUGAAAUCGCGCUCACUUGAACCUCUGACAGGUCUUGCCAUGUGGAGUUCGGAACCGCAAAUUAUCGAAUUGGUUAAAGGAGAGAGGGGCCUUGGGUUUUCAAUUUUGGACUAUCAGGAUCCGAUGAACCCCAACGAAACUGUGAUAGUAAUUCGUUCACUGGUGCCUGGCGGAGUGGCUCAAGUAGACGGGCAAUUGAUCCCAGGGGAUCGUUUGCUCUUCGUGAACGAUAUUGCACUGGAAAAUGCAACGCUGGACCAGGCAGUUCAAGCGCUGAAGGGUGCGCCGAAGGGAACAGUGCGUAUCGGAGUAGCUAAACCACUGCCAAUUCCAGAUAGCAUUGCCCAGCUCGUCACCCCGAUCUGCAUUGUAAGAAGGAGUCGAAGCCUACCCGACGACACCGAGUCGACGAAUCAUGCUCCGGAGCUUGUGGACCUCGGGGACCUCAACGACGUCUGUACGUCGUCCAAGUCAGGAACAAGCGGUAACUCAGUCGACAAGCAGGAUCCAGAGGCCGACGAGGAUGGCGAAAAAUUCGAGGACGCUUCACCCCUGACGCCGAUAUGCUCGCCAGGCAAAAAACCAACGUCGAGGAGCUCGUCGACGUUGAAAAGCAGCGUCGUGGAGAACACGAGUCCGACUGGACCUCCGACCAACACGACCCGUGACCUCCUCCUCUUCGCCGACGACGUCGUCCCCGUCGUCAACGUGACGAUACUCAGAGAGCUGACGAGCCCGUCUAAGGACGAAGAGGUCGCGAAGGACCUGGCCGUCUACGACACCGGACCUUCGACGUCGACGUACCGUCAAGAACGCCGAAAGAGCGUCAAACGACAGGGCAGCCUCGUCAAGGAGAAGAGCCUCGAGGACGAGUCGACGGUCGACGUCCCGCUGCUCCAGGAACGCCGGAAGAGCCUGAAGGAAGUCGACGACGCGGCGAGACGACUGGCCAAGGGCCGGAGAAAGAGCCUCAAGGAGCAGAAGAGCAUCGAACGAGUCAAUGAGUUCCUGGCUAAACACAGCAGCGUCGAGUCCUGCUGCCAGGAUCAGGAGCAACGACGGGAAUCGCUCUGCGUCGACGUGGGACUGCUGAGGACCUCCGAGAGGCGGAAGAGCUUGACGAAACAAGAGCGAGUCGAAAUCCCGCCGGAUACGAGGGGUGACGAGAUACCGGAAGUGGGUCUCCCGGAAACUGCGAGGAAGGAGGUCGACUGCGAGGAUGGCGCGGUGGUACCGGAAGUUCAGUUGGUCAGGGCGAAGAUCAUUUCUGCGGAAGAAGCGGCCGCCGUUUUGGCCGGCAGAUUGACGGCCGAGUUCAAAUCCACACCGGAAGUCCUGACUGUCGGCGAGGACAAGCCCAGGUCAAGGAUCAAGAAGUCGGCUCUCUCCGCCGAAGAGGACGACGAGACGCUCCUUGGUCUCCCUGCGCUGACAAAGUCCACUUCUGAGAAUGUCCUGGUUGAAGUUGAGGAGGAGAAUACAGUUUCCGUGAAAAACUUUAGGCCUGAUAUCCUCCUCGACUUGUCCAAAGUCGAAGAAUCCCAGGACUCCGUGAGCUCGUCGAAGAAGGAUAAACGCGUUCUCAGCCGCGUCGGCAGCGAAGGAUCCAAGAAAAUCGUUGACACGAGCAUCCUGAGUCAUCGGCAGAAUUCCGUCGCAGCAACGUCGACGCUUUCAGCUUCGAUUCAACCUCCGGAUAAGAAAAGCUCGGAUACCGUCGUUGGACUUGAAAGUGAAAGUGAAAGACUUGUACCUCGUGAUUGUGAUGUGACAGUGGAUUUGGACUCUGUUAUUUGUACUCCUCUUCGUCAAAGUCACGACGUCGAUCAGGAUUCCUCGACGAUACCUGUCACUGGAUCGUCACGAGAAACUGAUACACCAUCUACCAGGCCGAAGGAAACCGUUGUCGAAGAACCGGAAGUUCAGAAAACCUGCAACGGAGAGUCUCUGAUCUCUGAACCGCCUCCGAAGGAACCCCGUGACUCUAGCGAAACCUCAGUGGACGCAAAAAGAAAACCGGAAGUCGUGACGAAGACGGUAUACAAGAGUGAUUUCCCCCUGAAGAAGCCCGAGGGCAGCGGUUACAAGAGCGUCAACCAGCGUCUUCGCGAGCGUGAUUUUACUGGGGCUUUUUCCGUCUCAACAAAAGACCCGGAACCGUUCGUCUCGCGGCUUCAACAGCCGACGAAGCGGUCCCAGGAGGCUUCACCGGGUGUCCAGCAGAUCCUGACGACAGACAAGGAAGCGGAAGAGCAGCGACAAAAGGCGCUAGAGCGUCAGCGGGAACACGAGAAGUUCCUGCAGGAAAGACGGUCGCUCCUCGAGGAAGAGGAGGACGACGAAGGCAAGGACAAGGACAAGCCGAUCGGCAAGCAGCACUCGCUCGAGUACCAGAAGCAGACGCUCGAGGUGCGGCUAGAGGAGCUCUUCGACCGCGAACCGGAAGCGCCGAAACGCGAAGCUGAGACCCAGACCCACCAGGAAACGAAGAGUACUCAGUGCGGCGGGACCGAAGCCAGUGACUCGGAGUCGAGCUGUCGCAGCGUAACGGAAACCGGAAGUCCCAAGAGGGAAGUUGAGACCCAAACCCAAGCUGAGACCAAGGGCACUCAGUGCGAGCCGGACGAUUUAGCCGAGACAUUUUCUCAGCUGAAGACAUUCUUCAGGCAGAAGACAGCCACCCCUUCACCCACCGCUAGUCCCAGACGUGAAGUCGAGGUCCAGACUGAGCAGGAGUCGAAGAGCGUCCAGUGCGCCCCGGAGGACAUUCCUGACAGUCCGUUGAGGACGUCAAUUUUUUUUCGACGUGGACUGACCGGCUCCCAGAAGUCACUUGACUCCAGCAGACGCGAGGUCGAGGUACAGACUUACCAGGAGUCGAAGGGUACUCAGGUCGCCGAGGACGAGGAACUCGAAGGUUCGCAGACGGUAUUAAAGGACAGGAAGUUCCCUUUUCAUCGUCCCGAACCGCCCGAAACAUCCUCCGCGUCAUCAUCGCCCAUCAUUGUACUCGUGGACGGCAGGAGCGACAUGACUGUCACUCAUAACUACAAGGAUAAGGAUGGAAAUGUUGUUUGGGCCAAGCAUUGGGGCCCGGAAAGGAUGGUCGAGAUUUAUAGAGAACCCAAGUCUAGUCUUGGGCUCAGCAUCGUUGGAGGCAAGGUGGACCUGUACCACGGAGGGCCAAACACGUCUCAAAACAUUUCGGGCAUUUUCAUCAAGAACGUGUUGCCAAACAGCCCAGCAGGAAGAACAGGAGACCUAAAGACAGGAGAUCGGAUAAUAGAAGUCGACGGAAUUGAUCUGAGAAACAGCACUCACGAAAGGGCUGUUCAAGCUAUUCAAGCUGCUGGGAAUCCCGUCUGUCUUCUCGUCCAGUCGCUUGUCCACUUGAGUCCCGACGACCAUGAGAGAACCUCGUCGUCACGCGAGUCCGACGAAAACGCAACCGGACGUGGAAUCAGGAGACAGGGCACCAGGGGACACGGAGCCAUCGCUGGAGCCCCCUCGUCAUCCUUUCGUCGCAAACCGUCGACGGCGUCUCCUGCCAGAGCAAUCAGCCCGGAAUUGAUUCAGGAAGGGAUCGAAGAUGAGGCGAGACAGGGAACCAGCAGAUCUGACUUCCGGCGUCAGUCCACCAAGAAUGACCAGGACGCAGCUGGACCAAGUAGAAGAUCCUCCAUGAAACAGUCCCUCAGGAAGAAGGCACCCUCGCCACCGAAGGGUGCCGGUAUCCUUCGAGAGGUCAGCGAAGAGGGUGAAGACCAGCCUGCGCAGCAGCCCAAAAGCGAAGGAUCCAGGCCGAAGUAUUCCUCGGAUGAAAGUUCGGACGAAGAGGACACUCGAGACUUAGAGGGGAACGUCUACACGAAGGCGGGGAUCGAGAUAUCCAGGAAGAGCGCUGGAAACGUGAAAAGAACGAAGGAGGAAAUCGAGGCCGAUCCAGAACCGGAAGACGAGUUUGGCUACACCUCGAAAAAGAUCAAAAAGCGAUACGACGCCCUCGGUCAUCCCGUGGUCAUGGUCAGGCUCGAGAAGGACAGAAGAGGACUCGGCAUUUCUCUCGCUGGGCACAAGGAUCGCAAUCGAAUGGCGGUAUUCGUCUGCGGACUGAACCCCAAGGGAGUAGCUCACAAAACCGGAGGACUACUCAUCGGUGACGAAAUCCUGGAGGUCAACGGCACCGUUCUCCAAGGAAGAUGUCAUCUCAAUGCGUCAGCAAUGAUCAAAGGAAUGGCUGGCCCGUCUUUCAAGGUCAUUGUUCUCCGGAGAUCGUCUGCGGUGAACGACCUCGCAGUUAAACCGAUCGUUCAAUUUCCACCAACCCUCGACGAAGACGACCCGAACAGAUUCAGCCAGUACAAGGGAGUCAGAACCGUGGCGAUAAAAAAGGGUCAGUAUGGCCUGGGAAUCAUGAUAAUCGAAGGAAAACACGCCGAAGUUGGCCAAGGAAUUUUCGUGUCGGAUAUACAGGAAGGAAGUGCAGCGGAACAGGCCGGACUUCAAGUGGGCGACAUGAUUCUUGCUGUGAACCUGGACUCGUUGCUUGGAUCAAGUUACGACGAGGCGACCGGUCUCCUCAAGAAGACGGAAGGCGUCGUCACGCUGACGGUCUGCAACCCUAACCAAAGUAAACUCGCCAAGGAAGAGGAGGAAAGAGCCAAGGGUGGGGACUCGGCGUCGCCUAACGGAAUCGACUCGUCGAAACCAGACAAGGAGCCGGAAAAGCCUAAAGAGCCCGAACCCCCGAAGGAUCCGAAGGACUGCGAAAUCUCCGUGGGCAGAGAAACAACGAUCGAAUUCACGAAGGAUAAGGACAAGGCAAUCGGCCUUAGCAUAGCGGGUGGCUCGAGUACGCCUCUGGGUGGCAUCGUGAUCCUUGAGGUAUUCCCAGAGGGUGCCGCUGGCAAGGAUGGCCGAUUAAAACCCGGCGAUCAGAUUGUCGAGAUGUGUCACGAAAGUUUCAAGGCGAUAGAAUACGCCAAGGCUCAUGAAGCCAUUCUAAAAGCCAGCGGGCAGAUACACAUGAUAGUGUUGCGAGAGGAGAAAGCCCCCGACGAAUUCGACGUCGAACUUCCAAAGAAGUCUGGAAAAGGAGUCGGCCUCUGCUUGACGGGCUUUAAGAGUGGCAAAGGCGCCUUCGUGUCAGACAUGUUGCCCGGCGGAAGCGCCCUGGAGUCGGGAAAAAUAGCAAAAGGUGAUCGGGUGGUGUCAGUCAACGGACAAGACGUUCGCGAAGCCCCCGUCGAGGAUAUCGCUCUCCAUGUAAAAGUGGCGAACCCGGUGCAGCUCAAGUUGGCCAGGUACAAGCCCGUCAAGCAAUGACAGGGUUCUGCUGGCGGAACCCAUCAGAGUCAUCAUCAGUAUCUCAUCCCAAGAAUCGCGGCUGAUUGUCGUCAACGGGGAUCCUAGUGUGAUAUAUAUAAAAACUAUUAUAUAGUUAUUAUUACGGUUAAUAUAAUUUACAUAGGUAUGUAUGAUAAAAUAUAUAAUAAUUACAUCGUAAGAAUUUAAAAAAGUUUCAAACAAAAGAAGA